CUACGCCAUCGUCAGUGUAGUGUAAGGUGUCAGAGAGAGGAGAGUGAUCCAUGAGUAAUGACGAUUCAAUUAUUCGCCUCUGUGAAGGUGAACGUUUCAUAAGUGAGAUAGAACUGAUAGGUUGUUCACACGCGCGGCGAGAACCAUAGCGUGACAAGGGACCUACGGAGGAACAUGGCAGGAGAGAGGGCAGACAGCGGCGCCGACCUGGACCUAUGGACAGAGGAGCCCGAGCACGACCUUCACAACAUCACCCCCGAGGACGAUGACGACGUCUUCGAACUGUCUUCACCCCGGAACGACCACGACGACCACGACGACCAGCAGCAGCAGCAGCAGAAACAGCCGCGACGACCCCGCGUGGACCCCCUGCCGAAACCCUACAGGAAGAAGAGUGUCUACGAGAUGGAGGGUGCGGAGGAGGCCAGGGGCAGCAGCAGCAGUAGUAGUAGCAGCAGCAGCAGCGGCAACAGCAGCAGCAGCAGCACGCCCUCGCCGCCAUCAGCACCAGCGGCCUGUGGAGCAUGAGCGGGGCGGCGCUUCUCCGGGCCGGGCUCGUCCCCAGCAUCCUGCACCGCCUGCACCCCGGCUUCACCUUCCCCAGCAUCGUCUCGCCCAUCCAGCUGUCGCAGCCGGCCGCGCCCGAAGCCUCCCGACGCCCGCGCCCGCCCAGCCCACCCCCUCCCCUGCCCCGCGACGGGCGAGGGGCCCCGGGAGGCGCCCGCGCCCGGCGCGGGGGCGCCGUGCCUCCGCCUGACGCAGUUCCCGAGCUCGCCGCCCUCGCCCGCGGAGGACACGGGCGGCCUGGUGACGCUGCACUCGCUGGGGUCGUGGCGCGACUCGGGCUACGUGCCCUCGCCCUCGUCCGCCCACUCGUUCACCUUCUCCAGCGACGAGGACGAGCCCAAGUGGAGCCAGCAGGCGGGGCAGGCCGGCGUGGGCGUGACGCCGCCCAUCGCCAUCCCGCACUCCCGCCGCCGCCCCGCCCACCACCAGGCCAUCCGGGAGGAGGCCACUGAGGGCGAGAAGGAGGAGAAGCAGGAGGCGCCCGAGGACUGGACGCCCGUGCUGCGGGGGAGGACGCGCUCCUGCCCGGACACCAUGCGCCCCCCCGGCCCCCUGCGCGCGCCCGUGCCCCGCUUCCCGCCCACGCUCACGCCCAAGCCCUCCCACGGCCGGAACUGGUCCACGCCCGCCACCACGCCCGACGGCCAGCCCAUUCUCAUGCCCACGCCCGCCUUCACGCCCACGCCCCUGGAAGCGCGGGCGGCGUCCUCGAGAUCCUCACGGGACGCGCUCAUCGACCUGACGGAGGAAGACGGAGGAGGCGUAGGACACCGGCGACGCGUGCUGGUGCUGGCCCUCCCAGACCUGGUGGCCGACACUGAGGGCAGAGCCAGCGGGUCGUGCACGCCCCCGUCCUCCGCCCACUCCCCCACGGAGGCCAAGGGCUCACGGGUGUCGUUCAGCCACGCCGUCAGCAACGCGACCGGCGGCGCUACCAGAAUCCACUCCCGGCCAGCUUGGAGCCGCCCUCGGGCUCUGUCUUGUGACGUCACGCUGGAGGUCGAGUUGGGGCAAGAGCUCAGGAGGAUCGGCGACACCUUCCACCGAGCUCAUGCUAUGGCCAUGAAUGAGGAAGCAAGUGUCUGGAGUCGACUGCGCAGGAGUUUUCGCUCCUCAGGCUCCCGCUCCACCCUCACUACAUCGUAAGAAUCACCAUCAACUCACCAGUGAAUUCAAGGUUAAGAAUUUCACUUGUGAGAAGAAACCAUGGAAGACUUCAGCUGGUUUUCAGAGGAAAUGUUAUAUAUCAAAUUUUCUAAUUCUAAGUAGAUGAUUGUUCUGUAACCAGUUGAGGUUGAUUAUUUACUCGUGCCUUAUGUACUGCAUUGUAUAAUCAGUCCAAGAACCUUUGACAUUUGGUAAUAUGUAGUAGGGUUAUGUUGCAUGCCUGUUGUAGCAUAUGAUGUUUAUGGUUUGGUAAAGUUAAGUAUAAUGCAUUUACUAUUUAUAACAAUCUUUCAUCAAGUUGUAGUGUAAUACUUGUUAUGUGUAAUUUAAAUUCAUUGUUAACAUGAUUAUAUUACACCUGCAUAGUGUUGCUCAAGAAUUAAGGUUUGGUGCCAUAACAUUUUCCCUUUAGAUGUCUGAUGAAUUUUGCAGGACUGUAUAACACUCAUUAAGUGUAGCACUAAGAUGACAUUUACAUAAAGACAUGUAUGGGUAUUAUAAAUGCGCGUGGAAUUACUUGUUCUUCAGCUUGUGCAAGUCAUUGAAUAUUGCUCAUAACCAAUAAGUAAAACUCCCUUUGUGCUCAUAAGUAACAGAGAUGAAAUAGAAGUGCAGAUGUUGCUAUUAUCUAAAUCAUAAUUGAUAUGUAAUAUCUUUAAGUGAAAAACUUGAUAGCUAAAAAGAUUUUAGAAAGUUGGAUAUGGAGUUACAGUUUCAGAAAUGAAUCUUUAAGCUAUUAUGCUUUUGUUGAUAAAGGCAUGCAAGUUAAUAACCAAUAUGUCCAGCAACUUCUAAUUAAUGUAAAUACAGGGUAUUAUUAGUGUAUAGGAAUAAUGUCAUUAGGUGUUACUGGAACAUACAAGUUAUUAUGUAUAAAAAAAUGCUUUUGGUUUGCUGUACAAAGUAAAAUAAAUCAAGUUGUAGGAUUUUCUGUAACCAAAAGUUUUGCCAAAAUUGGGCAACUUUAUUUCAAAUUAUUACAAUGUUAAUAAUUGUAUUUGAAAUACCAGUGAAUUGACAUUUAUUUACUGAAAAAAUAGUAAUAGGUUGUAAGUUUUGUGAUUAUUGAUCUCAUUAGUUAACUUUGUACAUAGUACUUGUGCAUUUGAAAAGAAUGGAUAUUUUGCAUUUCGAGAGAGCAUUCACUUGUCUCAUUAUAAACUUUGCAUUAGAGGAACUUUUGGGUGUUGGAUGAAUUUUCCAGCUGUAAACUGCAGGUGGACUUGUUGGGUUGGAUUUUAAAAGCAAAGAUAACAUAGCAAGCAAGGUCUUCUUCAGUAUUUAGGAGAUUUAUAUAUUUUUUACACCUGUAUGUUUUAUUCAGGAGCAUUGGUGGUGCUGAGUGUCCAUGGUAGAGAAAGGUUGUUUUUAUUCAUGAUGUCCACUUAGAUUCACAAAUGAAAAAGGAAUUACUUGUCAGUAGUUUUGAAAAGUUGUCUCCAGAAUUAAGUCCUUGAGUAUUUAGAACCUAUAUACUAAAUUUGUAAACCAGUACCUUCUCCCUUUUUAGAAAAAAAAAAAUUGUAUGUAUAUAUAUUUAUCCUUUUUAUUUAAUGAGAAGAAGUGAAAGGUAGACUAUUCUAGUUUUGAUUGUGAUUUUUACCUAAGAAUUUGUGUGAGUAAUGUGGCCUUAACCCUUCAGUUAUGGAAGAGGCUAUAAUCGUCAUGACAUAAUGGCCUAUGAUGUAUAUACAUGUCAUGACUCGAACAGGUGGGCUAUACACAGUCUAGGCCUUGCCACAAAGUCUACACUGUUGCGUAAUUUUACAUCACAAAAAAUUCUGGCGCUGUCAUGAUAGAGACAAAAUAGUUAUUUUUACUGAUCAAUUUUUGAAUUUGAUUUAAUUGGGAGGAAUCAUCAGUAUUGUCACUGACACUUGUAUGUAAAUAAUAAUUUGUCUUUCAAAUCCUAUACUAGAAAAUCUAUGGACCUCACAUUCCAUGCUCAGAUGUAAAGUGAUAUAUAUGAAAUUGUACAUAUUCUGUAUUGGUUUUCCCUCAUUAUGAAAUUCAAAAACCUCUCUUGUAUAUAUAUUAAAGGUGCUCUUAAAAGAUUUGCAUCAUGAUUAAUGUUUAAUGAGUAAAACAGUAAUGUGGAAAUGUGGAGAUAACAACCAGAAUGAUAAUGCUGGAUGGUAUAUUGAAAAUUGAUUUAUAUAGCUCAGCCAUUUCUGUGUUCAUUUAAAAGUGUUUGUGCUCAACUAGGUAUGGAUUUACUAGUAUGUCAGUGUAAGUUUGCAGUGAACAUGUGCCAGCCAAUUAAUUACUAAGAAUGUUUUCACGGUCUUUUAUGUAAUGUAUUAUCCACUGCCAGCAUUGCUCACAUUAUGAUUGAGUAUGAUGUAAAGAAUGCUGUCUACUCACAUGAUGUUGGUAUCUUUCUGAAUCGUUGAUUGAUGAUUUAGUGGUUGAGUGAGAAAAUUAGUUUCGCAGAAGACACCCACAUACUCGCACCCAAAUACACAGACACUCAUGCACACACAUGAACAUAGACACACACACACGCACACAUGCACACACACACACACACACGCAUGCAUGCACGCACGCACGCACACACACACACG